CGACGCACGGCACUCCGCCAUUUUAACUUCCUGCUUGAAAAGAAGACGAAUCCAUCGCACAGUAUUUGUAUUCGAAACGCUUUAUCGAUUAACUUAUUUUAAGGGGUUUGUCUUGUCUAGGUUUUCUAAACAGGGAUCGAAGCAACUUCCUCUUAAUAGUUUCUGACCGCUGGUAUCGGGUUAGUUUCAGCCGGGGCGUCGCAAUGCCGAGCCACCCGCUGCGUGUAGCGGUUGUGUGCUCGAGCAACCAGAAUCGCAGUAUGGAAGCGCACAAUAUCCUCAGCAAACGUGGAUUUGAUGUGCGUUCAUUCGGGACAGGCUCUCAUGUGAAGCUUCCCGGCCCUGCCCCGGAUAAGCCAAAUGUCUAUGACUUCAAAACGACAUAUGAACAGAUGUACAACGACUUGGUCCGCAAGGACAAGGAACUAUAUACACAGAACGGCAUCUUGCACAUGCUGGACCGCAACAAACGCAUCAAAUCAAAGCCAGAGCGCUUUCAAAACUGCAAGGACAAGUUUGACCUGGUCAUCACCUGUGAAGAGAGAGUCUAUGACCAAGUGCUGGAGGAUCUAAAUUCAAGAGAGCAGGAGACUCUGCAGCCUGUACAUGUAAUCAAUGUAGACAUUCAGGAUAACCACGAGGAAGCCACGCUGGGCGCCUUCCUCAUCUGUGAGCUGUGUCAAUGUAUCCAGCACACUGACGACAUGGAGAAUGAAAUCGAUGAGCUCCUACAAGAGUUUGAGGAUAAGAGCAACCGGCCUUUUCUUCACACUGUCUGCUUCUACUGACACACAACACAGUUUGCAAUAAACACAGACCGAGAUGACAAGCAAUCAGAAAAUAGAGAAAUGGACAUGCACGCUUCAUACUCCUCAGUUAUCCAAAACACAGUGCAUACAUAUUGUGGGCCUACGGCUACACACACAGCUUAGGGUCAGGACCUAACAAAUGGCUGCUGUUGGACAUAUUGGUCAUAAUGAGUUUUUCCUCCAUGCAGAGGAUGGACUCGCUGCUCUCAGUCUGCCUUUAUUCCUCCAGUUCAAGGUCAGGCCAAGGUCCUCCCCUAUCCCAGUCCAGAUAAAUCACUCGACCAUGUCUCCUCAGGGAGAGCCAUAAGACCUACACCUCAAAUUCAUCAACUCUUUGACAAGUCCUUCACACUUUUUGUUCAACACAGCUUAUUUAUGCUGUUUAUUUUCUCUUCAGAUGAUGAUAUACAAAUGUAUUUGAUUGAAGCAUAUAUGUCAGAUUUAAAUUCCCGACCUGGGACAGCGUGAAAGUGUUUACACAUGGGAGGAUAAUUAUUUGAACUGUAUGCGUGUUUUUGUGCGACUUUGUGUUGUAGAUUAGUUAGGAUUAAGUUAAAGUGGAUGGGCAAUUAAUGAAUAACCAAACACAGACCCCUCAUAGGGUGCUCCUCCAGUUUGUUUCCAAUAUAAUGUGUUGAUUCAUAUUUAAACUCUGAUAUGCUGUCUUUCAGGGCUUAGUAUUUUUUUUUCUUUUGUAAAUGUUAAGAGAAUUGAAGCAAUGUAAUUAUUUUCUGAUGCGAGCUCAGCUCAGAGUGCCUGAUUUUUCUGUAUGUACAUAUGAAUCUACUAAAGAAAGAAACAUCUCUAA